AUUAGCUAGAGACAUAAAUAUACUUUCCGGCGCAAGAAAGCAUUUUCCAUCAGAAACUCAAAAGAUAGAGGAAGGCAAGAAAAGAAAAGCAAAUAGGGAGGGAAAAGUGCAGAGAAUGAAGGUGUACAUACCGCAAAUUCCGUGCUUCCAGGCUUGCACUCCAAUCCUCCACGUGGAAUCGUUGUGCAAAAGUAAUAGACUUGCUUGAAGCCAUCUCUCUCUCUCUCUCUCUCUCUCUCUCUCUCUCAUGCCCAUCUGUACUUGAUGCCUAUACACGACUUGCCAUGCAUGCUUACUGCUCACGGGGGCGGCACUGCUACCUAAUAACCAUAUUCUUGCCCUCCACUUUCAUCGAUCUCCCUACAUAAUAAAAACCCCACAACUCCUCCCAACUGCCUUGCUUCUUCUUCUUCUUCUUCUUCCCAUGAUGGCUGCCUGUGAAAAAGUUUUGGGAUCAAACGAUCACAUGCAUACAUUAAUCAAAGGCAAGCGCACCAGGCGGCAAAGGCCGCCAUCAUCUCCCAUGCUAUCCACUGCUUCUAGUUCAUCUAGCACCGAAGAAGGCGACGGCAGCACCGAUAGUGGUGGAGACAAUUCCGGUGGAUACCGCGUCGUCGCAACCUUAUCUUCAACCACCUCGGCGAAACUCACCGAAGGGAGCAGCAUGGGAGAAGAAGAGGACAUGGCCAACUGCUUGAUUCUCCUCGCUCGGGGCAACCGAACCCAAAAAACAUCCAAACAACCUGUGGUCGUAGCAGCCGCUGCCACUGCCGCUGCCACCACCAACGCGGCCAGGCUUCGCAGUUACGAGUGCCACACGUGUAACAAGUGCUUCCCUUCGUUCCAGGCGCUCGGCGGGCACCGGGCCAGCCACCGAAAACCUAAGGCCGUUGCCGAGGACACCAAAACUUCGCUGUUUAGGAACAAGGGAGGAGAUGAAUCCAAGAGCUAUACCACAGCCCUUUCGUUGCAAAUUGGAAAUAGGAAUUCGUGCAGCAAUAUUCAUAAUAAUAAAACUAGGGUUAAGGUUCAUGAGUGCUGGCACUGUGGCGCUGGAUUUUCUUCGGGUCAAGCCUUGGGGGGUCACAUGAGGCGCCACAGAACGCUUGUGGAAGCAACAGAGGCCAAGAAACCAAGAAAUCUUCUGUGUUUGGAUCUUAAUCUUCCAGCGCCGGAAGAUGAUCGCCGGGAAUCCAAAUUCCCGUUCGCGCCCAAAGAUCCAAACCUGGUCUUCACGGCGUCAUCAUUGGUUGAUUGCCAUUACUGAACUGCAGCUUCAGCUUAAUUAGUUCUUAUUGAUUCAUUAAUUCAUUAAUUCCGUGGACUCAUGGGAGGCACGCACAUACCCAUAUGAUUUAUUAACCUCGGGCAUUAAUUUGGCUCCCAAUUUUAGAUUUUUAAGAAUUUGGAUGAAUUAAAAUUGAUUA